AUGGAAAAGUUACUCAUAGUUUAUUCUCUUAUCUUUUCUUUGGCAACUUUCACAUGCUCAGCCACUACUUACACUGUUGGAGAUAGCUCUGGCUGGGACAUUAGUACAAAUCUUGAUACAUGGAUUGCAGAUAAAAAUUUCAAAGUAGGAGAUGCUCUUGUUUUUCAAUAUUCAUCUAGCCAAAGUGUAGAAGAAGUUACAAAAGAAAACUAUGACACAUGCAACACAACCAAUGUUUUGGCAACUUAUGGAAAUGGAAACACAACAGUGCCACUAACAAGAGGUGGAGACAGGUAUUUUGUUUCUGGAAACAAGUUGUAUUGCCUUGGAGGGAUGAAGCUUCAUGUCCAUGUACAAGGUGAUCAAAAAUCACUUGCAGUUGCACCAACCCUAGCACCUAAGGCUGUGGCUGGAUCAGACCAAAACACUGCCACACUUCCACAGUCCCCUUCAUCAAAGAAGAAUGCACAUUUUUCAUCAGGGACUGUGAGUUGUGCCAGAGAUGCCCUUAAAUUAGUUUGUGUUGCUCUUAUGGCUGCUGCUUAUGGAAUGCUGAAGAUUUGAGCAUAAUAAUUUGUGUUUUGAGUACAGUAUUUUGUGAUGUUAAUUGGGUGAAAAAGGUGACAAUUUUGUUUUGUUUGGAAAUACACAUCAUAUAAGUUUAGUAGUGAAAAAUUGAAAUAGUAUACACAAAAUUCAUCAUAUCAUAUUGUUAUUAUUGUUGUAAUUCUUAUCGAUAAAAAAAUAUAUACAUAUAUAUGCAUUCGUUGUA